AUGUUCGACGAUUCAGACGAUGCGUCAUCUGAAGAUGAUAACUUCAUCUCAUACGGUGAGUCUCCUACAGAAGACGAAGAUUCACAAACGCUACCUCCUAAAAAGAGAUAUCAGAACUUCUCGAUGAGCGGAUCUAAAGGGAAUCUGGAGAAACAUCAACCCCGACAUCAUACGUUGUUAAGUGUUGGGUUGAUGGAUGUCUCUGGAGAGUUCGUGCUUCUACCCAAGGAGAAUCCCCGGCGUUUUAUGUUCAUAUUUACGAUUCGAAGCAUACAUGUUCCUGCACAGAGCAUUCUAAUCGAUCUCGACAUGUACAAGAACUUUCUCGGUGACGUUGGUCCGGCCGUUCGCCCUACGAGCGUCGGAAUAACUAUCACUAAGCAGUUUGGUGUAAAGAUGGAUUAUUGGAAAUCACACCGGACGCUGAAAUUUGCAAGGGAAAUCGAUGAGGGAACACCUGAGUGUGGGUCUGAAAGCUUGCCUUCUUACUUAUACAUGAUAAGAAGGGCAAAUCCGAGUACAGUUACGCGUCUUCAAAUCGAUGAGCUUAGAAGAUUCAUGUAUGUGUUUCUUGCCUUCGGUGCGAGCGUAAAUGGGUUUCCUUUCAUGCGCAAAGUUGUUGUUGUCGACAGAACGUUUCUCAAUGGUAAAUACAAAGGGACGCUACUCACAUCACUAGCUCAGGACGGUAACUUUCAGAUUUUUCCAAUAGCCUUCGCAGUGGUUGACACAGAAAAUGAUGAUUCGUGGCAUUGGUUUUUUACGCAACUAAAACUUUUGAUUCCUGACGACGAGGGUCUUGCGAUAAUCUCGGAUAGGCAUAACUCGAUAGGGAAAGCAGUUAGAAAUGUGUAUCCGUUAGCUGCUCGGGGAAUAUGCACCUACCAUUUAUAUAAGAACAUAUUGGGACAGUACAAAGGAAAAGAUGCAUUCCGUCUGGUGAAGAAAGCGGAGAGAUGUUUUAGGAUGUCUGACUUUACUGCGAUUUUUGAGGAGAUUGAAGCGGUUAUUCCUGCACUCCACGGCUACCUCCAAAGAGCUGAUGUCCGACUGUGGACGCGUGUUCAUUUCCCAGGUGAGAGAUGGUUUGCUGAACGGAGAGAGGAUGCCAGAUCGCAGCCAACGACGUUUACGCGUGGUGUCGAGAAACUACUACAUGGUCGUGUAACCGCCGCUAGAGAUUUAACGGUCCAAAGGAUUGAUGAUCAUCACACUGAAGUUAAAUAUGAAUCUUCUAGCGAGUCUUUGAAUGUUGUUAAUUUGGUAGAGCGAAAGUGCACAUGUCGGCGUUUCAAACGCGAGAAAUUAUCAUGUGUACACGAAAUCGCAGCUGCGGAGUACAACAAUGUUUGUCGUAUAUCCCUGUGCAGUCCUUACUAUAACAGUGCAUAUUUGGUGAGCGAAUACGCUGAACCAGUCAUGCCGGCUGACUCAGCGCAACCUGUUCCAGAAAUCGUGGCUAACCAACUGUGCUUGUCCCCGUCUAUUCGUCAACAGCCAGGAAGACCUAAGAAAAUAGGAUGA